AAUAAAAAGUGAUCAAGUAAAAAACAAUAGUGCACAUAAAUAAUUUAUCAGUUAAAUAAUUGUUAAUUCAAGUUUAAAGUGUCAUUAAUCAUCAAACAAAAAACCAAAAAGAUAAUUAAAAUGGCUGAUAAAGAUGGCUUUGUGCCAUUAGACGAUGAAUUUACAUUUGAUGAGGAACUAGAAAUGUCUGUUAACUUUAAUAAAGAAUCAGAUAUUAAACUUGACGAGGCCAUCAAACUUUUAGCUGAUAUAUCAACAUGUACAAUCAACGAAUUGGAGCCAAAUAUUUUAUCAAAAAUAUGUCCAUAUUUUGAUAGAUUGAUUGAACAAAAUUUCACUAAAAUUGAUAAUAUUUUAGAUGAAAAUAAUCCAUCAAAGGAUAAUAAAAUAUUUGAUGAAUAUUUAAAUUCAACGAGUGAUAUUUUAGACUAUUGGAGUACCAUAUUGGAGCACACUAAAACACUUGAUAAAUUAAAUGCUUCAAUGAUUAAAAGUAUAUUAAAUUAUUUUCCAAAUAGUGCUAUUAAAAUAUCUUGUCAUCUAAAAACAAAACGUGCCAAUUAUGAAACAAUACCAACAAAACUUGUUGAUGUUUUUCGUAAUACAUCAUCAUUAACAAAAAUUUUUUAUAAUAUACUUAAUCAAGGAAUUGAUUUUACAAAUGACACUGAUAUUUUCAUGCAAACACUUGAAAAAAUUGGUGAAAUUGGUAGAUAUAUACAAAAUGAUUUAACAACAAUGUGUCAAACAUGGAAAACACUUGGUAAAAUGUCAGUAGUAUCAAAAGAAAUUAUAAUAUCAAAUAGUAAUAUUAAUAUUAUCAUAAUGAAUAAUUUUAAAAUACUAGAAUCAUCAAUUGAGAGAAUGUACAAAGACAUAUUGGAUUCUUCAGUUGAUGUGUUUGAUAAACGCAGUAAAUGUUCAUUAUUUUUAUUGAAAAUCCUUGACCGACUUUACGAAGUAUUUUGUUACAAACAACAACUAACACAAGAAUUAAUUUGUGAUCGUGUGGAUUUCAUCAUUCGUUUAUCAACAUGUCAUGUUGUUUCAACUGGAACAAAGCUAGAUGAUACCCAACAAGACAUUGAUAAAUUACGAAGAAAAAUAUUUUCAAUUAAUUGGCCAAAAACAUUGGCCAAAUCAUUUUUCGAAUUUGAUUAUUUUUGGCAACAUUUGAUAGAUAAAUAUGAGCGAGUUAAAAAUACUGAUGACUCGGAAUAUUCACUGGGCUAUCACUACUUGCUUUUGUCACUUUCAACAAGCUGGAAACAUCCAGAUAAAUUAUUAGACAUUGUCAUUGGUAAUAUUGACAAUUUGCAAGAUGAAAUUUUCAUGAAAACAACUGAAUUUUUAGGAAUAAAUAAAGAUGAUGAAGAUGGUGAUAAUAGUACAUAUGUUUUUGAUAAAACUGUUGAAAUAAUAUUUAAAUUAUUAAUUGAAAGAGAACAAGACUUUGCUAUAUUUGAGAUGAUUAUAUUUAAAAAUAUAUUCAGUGAAUAUUUACAAUCAUCAUUGCUUUGUUAUCAUGUUUUACAGCUGUGUUACAACACAACAAGUGAAAAAUUAUUGAUUGAUCAUAUUGGAUAUUUUUUAAAUACAUAUGAAGCUUUGGAAUCACGAGAAAAUAAUUGUCUGAGUUUCGUAAUUAUUGGCAGAUUAAUUAUUGAUAUUUAUGAAAUUUUAUCUGAAGAAAAUAAAUCAGCUGUUAAGUGUAGAAAAAAAAAUAGUUUAAUGUUGUUGCUGAGAGAAACAAAAGGUGAUAGAAAUUCCAAUCAAAUUGUAAAUUUAGCUAAAAUAAUUGAGGCUGAACCAGCUAAUUGUUUUCCAAUGGUUAUUGCUGAUUUAAAACGACAACCAUCAAUUAAAAAUUGGAAUCGUCUUAAAAGUUCGUUGAUUCUUUUGGGUAUUCAAAAAGAUAAAAAAAGCCAGAUGUUGAUGAAUAAUUUAUUGGAGGUAAUGGAAGACAUGGUAAUUGAGAUGCUUGUGUUGCUUCUUGACUGUAUUGAUUACGAGCAGAAUGUAAAAUAUUUUGACUGGAAAUUAGCAAUGGCAAUUUUCUCUGGAAUAGCAAAAAUACCAAGUCUAUCGAGUAGUGAUUUGUUGAUUAAAAUUAGUCAUUAUUUAAUGGAAAAUAUUAAAUGUUUGAAUGAACCAUGUGUGAACCAGAAUGAAGCUACAUCACUUGCUCAGCUUAUAUGUGUUUUGUUGGAGAAUAAAUGUCAAUGGGUGCUUCAAGAAGCCCUUGAGAUGUUUAAUAACAUUGUUGAACAUUCAACAAAUGAAAAAUUAAUAAACGACAUAUCUACUGUUAUAAAUCGUCGAUCUAAUAUUCGAGAAAUUGUACAUGCUUAUUUACAAGAAAGAAAAAUUCAUAAAUUUACAUCUGAUUUUCCUUCGUUUUCUCAUUAUUUGUGUGCAUUGUCGAAACAUUCAUCGAAACUUUCAUUGCAACAUCAUUGUCAAAAGAAAUAUGAAUUUAUUGUGCCAGAAGAAAAAAUACAAAAAUUAAGUGAUAAUGAUUAUGAUGAGAAAGCUGAUGAAUUGUAUGAUAAUUUAAUGAGUUUAUCGAGAAAAAAAAAUUGUUUAAAUCGUAAUAGUUUAAAAAAAUUAACAAAAGCUUGUGAAAUUUUUUUGAAUGCUGAAAUGUAA